AUGUUCGCUCUCUUCCGCUCUCAUUAUUGGAUGAUGCUGCACGCCUGGGAGAAUUACAAACUCUACGCCUGGGGCAAAAACGAAUUGCGGCCGCUCAGUCAACGACCACAUUCGGGCAGUAUUUUUGGUGCCUACGAUCUGGGCGCGACCAUAGUCGAUGGUCUGGACACACUCUAUCUAAUGGGGUUGGAGAAGGAGUAUCAAGAGGGACGCGAUUGGAUUGAACGUAAAUUUUCGCUAGACAACAUUAGCGCCGAUCUGUCGGUAUUCGAAACGAAUAUCCGUUUUGUUGGUGGCAUGCUGACGCUCUACGCUUUCACCGGCGACAACAUGUACAAAGAGAAGGCACAACACAUCGCUGACAAGCUGUUGCCUGCCUUCCAGACGCCCACCGGCAUACCAUAUGCGUUGGUAAAUACACGAACCGGUGCAAGUAGAAAUUAUGGUUGGGCUUCAGGUGGCAGUUCGAUUUUAUCCGAAGUUGGCACAUUGCAUUGCGAAUUCGUAUAUCUGAGUGAUAUUACCGGUAAUCCGCUAUAUAGGGAGCGUGUGCAAACUAUACGCCAAGUUUUGAAGGAGAUAGAGAAGCCAAAGGGUCUCUAUCCGAAUUUCAUCAAUCCCAAAACGGGCAAGUGGGGACAAAUGCACAUGUCGCUGGGCGCUUUGGGCGACAGUUUCUUUGAGUACCUGCUGAAGGCGUGGCUGCAGUCCGGACAGGUAGAUGAAGAGGCGCGUGAAAUGUUCGACGAAUCGAUGGUGGCGAUUAAUGAGCACAUGAUACGAACCAGUUCGGGUGGGCUGACGUAUGUGUCCGACUUGAAGUUCGAUCGCUUGGAACAUAAAAUGGAUCACUUGGCGUGCUUUGCAGGUGGUCUCUUCGCCUUAGCUGCUAAUACGCGACAAAAUCAAUAUGCCAAUAAAUUUAUGGAAAUUGGCAAAGGUCUGACAAAUACCUGUCAUGAGAGCUAUGCAAGAACAUCUACCAAAUUGGGUCCUGAAGCUUUUCGCUUUAGCGACGCAGCCGAAGCGCGUGCCUUGAAAUCUCAAGAGAAAUACUACAUACUACGACCGGAGACGAUCGAGAGUUACUUUGUGUUGUGGCGUUUGACGCACGAUCAAAAAUACCGCGACUGGGGCUGGGAGGCUGUGCAAGCGCUAGAGGCACACUGCCGCACGCCACAUGGCUAUUGUGGCAUCAAGAAUGUGUAUCAGGAGACACCGCAGAAGGAUGAUGUGCAACAGAGUUUCUUCUUGGCGGAGACAUUGAAGUACUUGUAUUUGCUCUUCUCCGACGACUCCUUGCUGCCGCUAGAUGAGUGGAUAUUCAACACGGAGGCGCAUCCGUUGCCCAUCCGUAGCGCGAAUGCCUUCUAUCGCGCGGCACCACCCGCCCAAACGCAACUCGACGAGAAUCGUUAAAAUGUUACGCUAAAGCAUUGACAUUUCACAUUGACGCUGCGUGUGGUCCUCAAUGUGCCUCUCAAAUGGGGUAACUCCAAUCCAAAUGUAAACCUCUGCAAUUAGUGUUAAUUUGUUUUUUUUUAACGAAUAGUUAUUUUUAAAUUUUUUUAGUUUUUUUAGGAACGCAUUGAAAUGUAGCUUAUAUUUAUAUAAUAGUUGCCUAGACGAUCCACACUGGGUAGGUUAUUUUUUUUUUUUUUUAUAUAACUUGUUUAGGAUUUUUAUUUGUAUUCUGAGUGUGGAGAUAAUCGCAUAUAUACGUGACAUGUAUGUACAUAAGUUUGUAUAUUUUACCUGUACACCGACAACCGGUUAUUUCUUCUUACUUACAUACGCAUGUGUAAUAUAUUUCGAAUGUGGUAAUAGAUUUUUUUUUUUUAAUUUUUUUUUUUUUCAUAGAACAUAAAUCUUAGUAACAAAUUUUUAGGACAUGACGCUUUUUUCGAAAUUUUCAAAUCUUUAAUGACGGUUUUGUUCAACGUUGACCCGUAAAGGCUUUAUACACUUGUAAGAACAAGCAAAACAACAAACAACUAUAAAUUGUAAAAGUUUUCUUUAACACAUUGCCAAGUAUGUUCUCUGUAAUGGAAUGCAUUAAAAUAAAAAAAAUUAUUCUGUACAUGUGAAAAUGCCAAUGUAGAAACUAUUAUAUAUAUAACGAAGAAAUAUAUGUAUAUUAUGUAUUUACUUACUGUUUUGUUUGUCGAUAAUUGUAACAAAAUAGCAACAACUGUAUCGCAAACAAAUAACAUUUAUUUGCAAUUCACGCACCUAUGAUAUUAAACGUAAACGGGUUGAAAAAAGCUAUGUAGAUAACUUAAGCCGGACGAUUAUUUUCGUUAUAUGAAAAACUUUGUAAAAACCUGACGGUCUCGAAAUGAAAAUCUAUAUAUUUAACGAUUUGUUUUGGAUUUUGAUUUCGUUUUCAUGAAUUUGCUUCAUUUAUUCUCAUCAAAGUUAGUUGGUACUCGAUUUUUUUCCGUAAUUUUUUUUUAUUUCACGUCAGCACGCAUUUAAAAUGUAGAGAGAGUUACACUGGGUAUAAGGCGAUUACAGAUUUCUGCGAAUUUUUUUUAUGUAUUUUUUUGUGUAUUCUCGAAUGCCUCUGAAAGGCACCAAAAAAUGACAAUGAUAAACUUUUAUCAGCAGUAAGUCUAUCAAACAUUUCUAUUAAGCGGGUAUUCUAGUGUAGAGGCAUGAAUUUGAGGUGUUUUUUCGGGUGUUAUAAAUUAAAAAUAAAAAAUAUUUUUACCAUCCAUUUUUUAAUAAGAUUUUUUGAUUUGAUUGAUUUGAUUUUGAAUAAAAUACAAUUUUCUUAGGAAAUUAUUGUAAUUUCUCUUCAUUAUGAUAAUAUUGGUCUGGCUCAAUUACUUAUCGGGCAAAAUAUCGACCAAAAGGCCGUCGCGUCCUCGGCGGCACACCUCCAUCAGAUGGUCCAAAUUUUCGAUGACGCUGAGACAUAAUUGAGGUUCUAUGCCGUUAUGUGCCGAAUUAUUUCAUUCUUUAGCUCUUUAAUUGUUGCUGGCUUAUCGACGUACACCUUUUCUUUCAAAUAACCCCAAAGAAAGAAGUCCAACAGUGUCGUUGACGUUUAGGUGUGGUUCACAUUCAACAUCGGCCCUUGAAAUUUAACCAUUUUAAAAAUACAUAAAAAAAAAUAAAAAUCUCAAAAAACGAAAAACUUAAAAAGUUAUAAGUUGUUGAAGUGGGGGGUUAACAAAAAAUGGCGCGAUUUGAUUUCGUUUUCACGAUAUGAGAAAAAAGAAAUAUUUUUUUAAUAUUUUAACGCACUUCGGCGUGUUUAUUUUCGAUAUUCUUAAGACUAAGUUGUUACAUAAAUCAAACUGGUAUUUAUACCAUUUAAAUGCGGCGGUUGUUAUUGCAUUGGGAUAAUUCGUUGCUGGUUGUGUAUUGUUUACUUCAUAAUGCAUAUGAAAACAAGUCCUAUCGGCUUGAUGUUGUUUACUUGAUAAUGCAUGUCUAUUGGCCAUGGGCGGAAGUGAUUAGAAAUGAAGAAAGUGAGGCCAUGUCGUUAACUCGCGCCACACUUACCACGAUUGCAAGCGUUCUAAUAAUCUGAAACAAAAAACUAAAAAAAAGUUAAUUAAUCUUGAUGAAUGCUGCGCUAUCGUACUUUCCACAAAAAAGUCGAAAAAAAAAUUUUUUUUGGCCAAAUUACGGCUGCCCGAGAAAAUGAUAAAUUUAUUUACUACUUUUUGUUACUUUUCGGAAUUUUUUAAAAAUAGUAAAAAUUGUAUUUUGUUUAUAUUAAUAGUGAGUACGAUAGAUAUAUACACUGAGAAGGCUCACACCAACUUCCAAGUAAAUCGUUUAAGUAGAACCUGAGAAGUCACAGUAAACAUUUUGAAAUAGGUAAAGGGUAAACAUGAAAAUAGUUUCGAGAAAAACGCGUUUAAAGUUUUGGAUGCAAUUACGCCCUCCAGCCGAGCCAGUUUAGAAGUCGUGACACUAAAAUAGCUAUAAUAAAUAUGAAAUAAUAAAAAUACAAUAUAAUAAAUAAUAAAUAAAAAUAGCUCUGGAAAUAAUUAAAAUUUUAACAAAUCCUUUUAAGGACAUAUUCUUGAAAGGUUAAGCUUUGAGAAUAUCAAAAACAAAAAAAAACAAUUUUUCGAAUUUCUACACAAGAAUACCCCCUAACAUGCAAAAUUUAACAUAAAUUUCUUGAGCAUAUCUUAUUUGGCAAGACAAUGUACUAAAACUGUGAAAAUUUGCAGUCAAAGCAGUUUUUAA